UAUUAGGUUCCCCCGUCCUAAGAAGCAGAAUUAGCCUCUGGAAUCUCAUGCACUUGUUUCCCUUUGCUCCCAGGAAAGAGGUGGCGGCGGCAUGAAGGGAAAACAAAGAGAAAACGCAGAGAAACACAGAGAGGAAUUAAAAGGAAUCUGAAAAGAGCAGGAUAAAGAGAGAGAGAGAGAGAGAGAGAGAAAGUGAGGAAGAUGAAGAAGCUGAACAUCAAGACGCCUGCUGUUUGAUGCAGCUACACUGUGAGCAUGUGGCUGCCUGCACCGAGCAUUUCUUUCUCCACUCUCCAGAUGACUGGUCCGAGGUCUGCGCUCAUGUCGCUCAGUGCUACUUUAUUCAACUCCCCACAGUAACGUGAGCGUACUUUGAUUUAUUGCACUCAAAGAGGACCACAGGCUGUUUUACUUUAUGCUGGCUGACACACUGACCUCUGGAGUCUCUACUGGACAGAGGAUCUGGAUCACCUCGAGCCUCGGGAAGAACAGAGGCAACCAAUGUGGAGCUCAGCUGGCUGAACAAGAGCCGCGUGUCGAGAUCUGAGGGGGAAGAAGCAUCUCAUGUGGACGAGGGGAGCGGAGAAGGAAGAAGAAGAAGGAGCGCAGCAUUCAGGGAUGCACCAGCGAAGGCUGUGAUGUUGGACAUCUUUUCCACGUUUGAGCUGAGUUUUGGAGAGGCAGAAAGGCAGGCGCUUUGAGUCACCUCAGUAGCCGAUCGAGGAAGAGAAGAGUCGAGCGGGAAGAUAACGUGGGGAGGAGAAGUUGACAGUGGAAGGAUACAGGAUGAUCUUGGGAAGUGUAAACCGACCGGGGCCGGUCCCUGCCUUCCUCAGGAGCCCGCCUGUCAUCCCAACCCCGCUGGACAUGAAGCCCUUCCUCCAGUUCCCCCUGGAGUCGCCUCACCCGGCCAGCCUCGGCCUCUUCCACAACUUUAACACAAUGGACCCUGUCCAGAAGGCUGUGAUGACGCACACCUUUGGGCCACCUAUGGUGAAGACAAAACGGCCAAUCAUCUCCUGCAACGUCUGUCAAAUACGCUUCAACUCAGAGAGCCAGGCAGAGGCCCACUACAAGGGCAACCGCCACGCUCGAAGGGUGAAGGGGAUCGAGACAUCUAAGACAGCUCGCCUCCAAGAUGGCGACAAGCAGCACCCUCCCCCUACUGCUUCGCCCUCCCCACCAGGUCCCUCGCCAUCCAGCCCUGAGCCUGAUCCCAAUAAGCAGGAUGUCACCCAAUCCUGUCCCAACUCUAAUGAGUCACCUUUGACCCCCAGCCGCCUCCCAACACCCGCACUGAGCUCAACAGAUGCAGAGUGUCCCCUCUUGACUUCUGUCAGCUCGCCUUUGCCAUCCUCCCCCACAGCAGCUCUAAGUACACCCCCUGCAGAUCCAGCAGUGGCUGGUCUUCCUGACACCCCGUCCCCAGCGCCCAGCCCGUCUUCAGGAGAGUCAGAGGAAGAGAAAGCCAAGAAGCUUCUCUACUGCUCCCUGUGCAAAGUAGCUGUUAAUUCCCUCUCACAACUGGAGGCACAUAACAAAGGUACCAAGCACAAAACUAUUCUGGAAGCUCGGAGCGGACUGGGACCUAUUAAGGCGUACCCACGCUUGGGUCCUAAACCCAGCCCAGAGCAGGGAGGGGAGCUGUCCUCUGACCCCAACACUCAGGAACGCACCUUCCACUGUGAGAUCUGCAAUGUCAGAGUCAACUCUGAGCUGCAGCUCAAACAGCAUAUAUCUAGCCGGAGGCAUCGUGAUGGAGUUGCAGGGAAACCCAAUCCUCUUCUCAGUCGGCACAAGAAGCGCACAGACUUUAUGGAACUUCCAAAAACUCUGGGGGCUGGACUUUUACCAAAUCCUCUGGCUGUUGCUGCAGCGAUGGCAGCCGCAGCAUCCUCGAAUCAGCUGGCACUACGCCCUCCGGGCCCGACCUCCCACCCUCACCCUCAUCACCACCUCUUACAGGGAACACCCCUCAGCCUGCUGAGGCCUGCCCCAGGGCCCAUCCGCACCACGCACGGGCCAAUCCUCUUCACUCCUUACUGAUUGGCGAGAGAAUGGGGACGAAUCAGGAAGAAGCACACUGUGAAGUGGAGGCCUGCAACCAUAUGCCAUCAAGAGCCAAAUCAGCUGCUGUGGCUCCAACUGGUGUUUCAUUAUAAGAAAAGGAGCGAACAUGAAUACGACUCUUCAUGGUGCAUACUGUAGUUGCAGACCACUGCUGUUAUGUUAACAGAGAAAGAUAAACUGACAAAUCUCAAACAUUUCAAAGAGACUGUACGUUUCCAUCUUCCCCAGUUUUCCUUCAUUGCUCAACUAUCUGCCAAUCAUCAGACUGACUCUGCAGAUAGUUUGAGAAGGAACUUAUGAACCAGUUUCUUUCAAGCAUGGACUUCUUUGAGCAUCCUCCAAUCUGCAACUGAUUAAAUAAAUUACAUUUAUUUAAUCAUAAUAAUUUAAAUUGUCUACCGUAUGAUCCACUGUACCUGACUGAAAACCCUACCUCUCUUACGUUUUUAAUGUUCAUCUCUGCAAGGAGUCAUUACAUAUCCAAAGCAUUAAUGUUAUCAAAAACAUGUCUGCUGGGUUAGAUAUAGUAGUUGCCUCUGAUGUUAGCUGGUAUCAUACUGUAGCUGUCACAGUAUAGUGGAUUGUACCACUGUAAAGUUCUGUUUUUGUGGCCUAUAAAGAGAAAAAGGUACCAACAAAUUCUGUAUGGUUUCUGCAGUUACUGGCAAACAUUUCUCUGUACUGUAUGUCCACAAUUUAACAGCUGGCCUAUAGGGGCUAUAUUUACCUCUGUGGGAUAGAAACAGGAAGUCAAAGAGGAACAGCAAAUGGGUUAAAAAAAUUAUGUCUUAAGACUGUGCUGAUGUGUACAUCAACCAACAUUCAUAGUUUCAAGUUGGCGAGGUGGUGAGGAAGUAAUUGCUACUGGCGCACUAUGCAGCUAUCAGUGUUUAUACUUACGGUCUGUGUAAAAUGCAGUAAGGUUGGAAAGAAUAAGAAAAUAACAAGAAAGAAAACUCUCAACUCUUCAAGUUAAAUUGUUUCUCUGAUGAUUCCCCAGAUUCUUCCUGAACGGCCCCUAGCAACAACCAUGUGGGUCAAAGUCUCACAAAGCACAUAAGUAAAAGUUUGUGGUGAGAAAUCUACACGUAAUACGUAAUACACGUAAAAAAUGACGACCUAUCAUUUUUCCAUCUGCACCUUCUGCGCAAAACACUGUGAGCACAGUAGGACAAUGGUUGAUUUUGACUUUAGUAGCAGCUAUUUUGCAUUUUGUGUACAUUUGAUUACACAGACCACAUUUUCACCAUAAUCUCAUACAAGGAGUGUGGAAACAGUGGAAUGAAAGACACCAGCAUUACAGAAAGAACAGAAAAGGACCAUAUACACAGAUGAAUACUUGUAUGCAAAAAACAAAACAACAACAAAAAAAAAAAAAAAACACCAUUUCUGGUAGUAUUAUAGGUCUGUAGUGGGAUAAAAAUGUUAGUUUGUCUGCUCUGCCUUGUGUACUCCAACCCUACAUGACCCUGAAUUAUCCCAGUGAACUGUCAUGACACAUUAGAGGGAAGCUUUAGGAAAUGGAAACUGUAGCAAUACUUUAAGCACUCCUGCUAACUUUUCUCGUUAACUGCAAUAAAAAGAAAUGUCGACAAAUGUAUUAAUUGUUAUUUAGGAGAUGUGUAUUGAAACAUUACUGUAAAUGUAGAUUAUUAAAAAUGAGAAAAGGUACAUGUUGGGGCUUCCUAAUUGUUCAAUAAAAACAAAAUUCUC